AUGGCGACUAAAUCUCAAGCUUCCAUCUUCAUGGUGUUCACUGCAACACUCUUAGUUGCCAUCAAUGGUGAUCCUCAGGUUCCUUGCUACUUCAUAUUUGGUGAUUCUUUAAUGGAUAAUGGCAACAACAAUCAUCUUCACACCAAUGCAAAAGUCAACUAUGAACCAUACGGUAUAGACUUCCCCGAUGGCCCCACCGGUCGGUUUUCCAACGGUCGAAAUGUUGCCGAUGUCAUUGCUCAACUCCUUGGGUUCGAGAGCUUCAUUCAGCCAUUCGCAACUGCAAGAAGCGAUGACAUCGUAAAAGGGGUAAAUUAUGCGUCUGGAGGGGCUGGAAUUCGAGAAGAAUCUGGACAACAUCUGGGUGAGCGAAUAAGCUUCGACAAUCAGAUAAAAAAUCAUCGGAUCACAAUUUUACGGCUCAUUUUCUUAGUCGGGAGGGGAAGUCUUGUUGCGACUAAGAAAUACCUACACAAGUGCAUGUAUACCGUCGGAAUGGGGAACAACGACUAUAUCAACAACUACUUUGCUCCUGAAUACUAUAACACAAGCAGUUUAUAUUCGCCCGAAGAAUUUGCUCUUCUCCUUGUUGAACAGUAUUCACAACAACUUCAGGCAUUAUACGCAUAUGGAGCCAGGAAGUUCGGAAUUUUUGCAGCUGGUUAUUCGGGUUGUACUCCUGGGAUGAUGGCCAUUUAUGGCAUGAACUCGUGUGUUGACUCGGUUAACAGUGCUAUCAUAUUAUUCAAUACACAUCUUAAUACCAUUCUAAAUGAACUAAACACUAAAUACCCUGAUGCAAAGUUCAUUUACAUCGAUGCGCCCUUACAAUAUCCUACUGAUUUGAAUGUUACUGAUAAGCCAUGUUGUGAAGUUGAAAGCAUCGAUGGCAAAGGGAAUUGUAGUCCGGAUCAUAUCCCAUGUAGCAAUAGGCAAAACUACGUAUUUUGGGAUUCAUUUCAUCCGACAGAAAGGGUGAGCGUUAUAGAUGGAACACAAGCGUAUACGACAUUGUCUCCAUUGUAUGCGUCCGAAGCUAUUUCCUCGUUAGUAGACAACGAAGAAGGCCACUUCAGUAAUGCUUAAUGGUUGGGACAACCGAAGAGGAAGAAUAAUACAAGUUUCCAUUUUUGAUUUACAGCUCAGUUUGGUGAAACUACCAUAUCUUUCUUUUAUUGUUUUGUGUAAUAAUAAGUCUGGUGUAAUAAGAAUUGUCGAUGAGGAAGAAUAAGUGGUAGAAAGUACGUGUAUACGUUUUGGUUUCAAGAAUUAGGUUUAUAUAA